AUGCGUGCUGAUGGUAUCCCAUCAUUGGUUGAGAUUGUUAGAUCUGACAGUGGNGCGGCGGCGGCGGCGGCGGCGGCGGCGGCGAAGAGAGUGCAACGUGUAUAUUACACUCUGGAUGGCAAGAUGUUUGUGGCCAUGUCCAACAGUGGCUCUAGCAACAGCUGCGGCCCCAUCUCCUUGCUCCAACGAUCGAUGGUCCGUGACGGAGUGCCGAUUCCUGCCAUCAUCGAAGCCACCAAUGGCGAGCUCGCGGGUGAUGUCAAGGAUGCCCUGCAGUGCAUUCGCGACGCCACCGUCAGCAACUCGCACGGCCGCGACGUCUUCGAUGAGCACAGCUCCGACAUCAAGGACGAGAUUCUUUCGUUCAACGACCUGGUGCACAACGCGGAGGCCCCAAUCCUUACGAAGCCGAUGUGGGACGCAUUCAUGCGCUGUCCGCACGGCUACUUCGACGGCAGGGCGAUGAUGGGCGGUGGCGAGGCCCUGGAUCUGGACGGUCUUGUGAUCGUUCGGUUGGACAGCGAUGGACUCCUGGAGCCGGUGGAUGGGUCGUCGACCCCGAUUGCCGCUGCGAAGCACCUCAUCUUUUUCGACGGACACGCGCACUUCGAGGCUCUCGCAUCACUCGAGGAACUGCUUCCGAUGACCGAUGACGUAGAUGUCGCCGUCGAGGAAUGGGAGCCCCGAACAAUCACGCUUGGCGUAGAGGAGGAAGGUGUUGCCGUCCCGCUGGACGGUGCCAUCAGCUAUGCCUCUUCUUUGCUAUCAGCGCUCCUGUUCGCAUGCGUGAUCCUGGCGUUGCUUCGAGUCGUCGUGGUGUUCUUCCGCUACAUCGGAGACAUCGUUCGGACUCACAUGGUGCGAAAAGCUUGA